AUGGGGCUGGCGGCGGUGCGGGGCUGGGCGCUGGCGGCGCUGGCGCUGCUGGUCCCGGGCCCGGCGGAGCGCAGCCGGCCCUACGCCGUGCUGCAGAAGCAGAACCUGGUGCUGCUGGGCAGCAUCCUCAGCGCCCUCCUGCUCGCCAUCCUCCUCAUGGCCCUCUGCGUCUACAAGCCCGUCCGGCGGCGGUAG